UGCACCCUUAAGUGUGAUGAUAAUUUCAAAUGUAAUUAAAAAUACGGAGUUAAAGCAUUAGCUGCUAAUUUUCUGCAUUAAAAAAAAAAUGAAACUCUUUUGGUACUUGUAAAAUACAGUCCUUUUUAUUUUGAUAUUAAAUAGAAGUAAUAGAUAAAAUUACUCACGCUUUAAUGAUUUCAUAAAGAACCUACAUUAAUUUCUUAAUUGUUUACAUAUUUUCAUGAUAUAAGCAAGGAGUUAGAAAGAAUUCACAGUAAUUUAUAAACUGUUUUUGUACAUUCAAAUAGCAUGAGCAAUUCUGUGCUGAUGUCAUAAGAAUUUCCGAUUAUUAAUUAACACUUAAAUUAUUGUCAAUCUUUAAUUGCUAUUACAUCAGUUUGUACUUGUGCAAUAAGUUUGCUCUUUAACAAAUAACCAUAGGAUUUGUUAUAUUACAUCCAUUAAUGAUGGACUUCUAAAAUCAUCAUCGCAAUUUAAAUUUCUAUGAUGUAUGAAGAAAUUGAAAAUGUUUGUGUUGUCGUUCGAUUAAGACCUAUGAAUGUAAAAGAGUUGGACAAAAGCUGUCAAAGUAUAAUAAAUGUUAAUACACUCAACGGUGUUGUGACUAUAUACAAUCCAAGUAUUGCUGACGAACCGCCUAAAAAUUUUUCAUUUGAUGCGGUUUUUGACUGCACAUCAACUCAAGUUGAUAUUUAUAAUGAAAUUGCAAGACCUGUUAUAGACAAAGUUUUACGAGGAUACAACGGUACCAUAUUUGCAUACGGACAAACAGGAACAGGAAAAACCUAUACAAUGAUAGGAAGUAACAAUUCACCACGUUCAAGAGGUAUUAUACCAAAUUCUUUUGCUCACAUAUUUGGAUUCAUUGCUAAAGCCAAAGAUAAUCAAAAAUUUUUAGUUCGUGCAACUUAUUUAGAAAUAUAUAAUGAAGAAAUUAGAGAUCUUCUUAAUAAAGAUCAAAAUCAAAAACUUGAUUUAAAAGAACGGCCUGAUGUUGGUGUUUACGUAAAAGAUCUUAGUGGUUAUGUUGUCAAUAAUGCAGAUGAUUUAGAUAAAAUAAUGAGUAUUGGAAAUAGAAAUCGAAUAACUGGCGCAACAGCGAUUAACACAUGCAGCUCUCGAUCUCAUGUAAUUUUUACAAUUACUAUAGAGUCAAGCCAAGUUGGUAAAGAUGAUCAACAACAUGUAAAAAUGGGUAAACUGCAUCUUGUGGAUCUUGCAGGUUCUGAACGUCAGGCUAAAUCCAAAACUACUGGUAUUCGAUUACGAGAAGCAACAAAAAUAAAUCUUUCGCUGUCGACACUUGGAAAUGUUAUAUCGGCCCUAGUUGAUGGACAAAGUUUGCACAUACCGUACAGAAAUUCAAAACUUACUAGACUCUUGCAAGAUUCUCUUGGAGGAAAUUCAAAAACUUUAAUGUGUGCAAAUAUUAGUCCUGCUGAUACUCACUAUGACGAAACUAUAAGUACAUUACGAUAUGCCAAUCGAGCUAAGAAUAUAAAAAAUCGUGCCCAUGUAAACGAGGAUCCAAAAAAUGCUUUGUUGAGACAAUUUCAAUUUGAAAUUGAACAACUACGUCAAAAACUCAAAAAAUGUUCUUCUAAAACUCCUAAUUCAGAUGAAACAAAGAAGAACAUGUUUUAUGCAAAUAAAAUUGAAAAUAUACCCAAGAGGAAAAGUGAUACAUUUCUAAUUUCUGAAGCUACAUGCUUACAUGCUCAUGUAAGUUAUCACACAGAAAAACUUUUUGAUAGCCAUUGUUCUCCAGAUUUUAUUAAGUUAAAACAGACGCAGUCUGAAAAAGAAGCUUUGCGAGAAAAAAUGUUAAAUUUACAAAAUAAAAUACUUGUCGGCGGGGAAAAUCUUCUAGAAAAAGCUGAAGCUCAGGAUGAACUUUUAGUAGCAGCAGCUAUUGAACUUGAAGAUCGAAAACGUAGAGAAGAACAACUUAAAAAGGCGAUCAAAGAAAAGACAGCAGAGUGUAUAGACAUUAAAGAAAAAUAUUCUUCUCUUCAAGAAGAAGCCAUUGGAAAAACAAAAAAACUUGUGAAAAUUCAUUCCAUGCUUUUAUCAGUUAAAGCGGAACUAUCUGAUCUGCAACAAGAACACCAGAGAGAAAUGGAAGGUUUGUUAGAAGGAGUUCGUAGUAUUGGGCGUGAAUUACAACUUCAGGAACUCAUUCUCAGUAACUGCAUUCCUCUAGAAUAUCAAACUUUAAUUGAACGUUACGUACACUGGAAUGAAGAUAUCGGAGAAUGGCAACUUAAAUGUGUAGCUUACAGUGGUAAUAAUAUGCGGAAAUCUGAAAUUAAUUCAAACGAUCAUGGUCAUUUUGUGCAGACAAGUGCGUAAUUGGUACGACAAACAUUCCAGAAUCUUAUACCAGUAGUAAACGCCAAUAUCUGUGGAAAAUGUGCCUUGCCACGGAUCUUUGCUGAAAAUACUAAAGGUUAUCCUGUACGCAGAAGUAAACUAUAGAAUAUAAGAACAAUUGAAAGGUUACAAAUUUGUUGGAUGCAUGACUAAUCAUUUUCAAAUUUAAAAGCCUAGUUUAU